CGUCGCUCGCGCUCCGCUCCGCUCCGCUCACUGCUGGACUCCCAUUGAAGAAAGUGGAGGAAAAACGGCCGCGUUGCCCGUUGAAACUCACGGAGAAGCCGCGUCCAAUCUGUCGGAUACACGUCGGAAAGAGACGGGGGAAGAUUUAAAACCCGAGCCGGGCAGCGGACACGAGCGAUACGGCUUUAUUUUGAGCGAAUUAGCGUAACGGGACCGAGGUGUGUGUGUGUAUCUAUCUGUGUGUGUGUGUGUGUGUGUGUGUUUUCGGUUGGGAAGGCAGAGCCAGUCACAGGUUGCUAGCGGAGUUAGCUCGCCAAGUUAGCUCCGCAGCCGCUGUUUUUUCCUGAAGUCACGGACCAGCCGGAACUAAAAGCAGCUAAAAAAAAUCAGUGCCAGACAUUUUCCAGGCUGUGUGCCGCAUGAUUCAGCCAUGAUGAUGUGUUUUUUCGGACGUCUAUCAAGUUGGCCGGCUGGUAGCAUCGGCUGACUAAGCUGAACGUUAGUUGGAGCCAGGUUUGGGUGAGAGACUAUCCGCUUGAACUGACUUUCUCUCUCUCUCUCCCUCUCUGUCCGACCUGGAUUUUACUUGUGCUUUUUUAAAAACUGUUUUCCCUCUCCGCCGCUGUUUUGGACUGGACUUUGCCCUCCGGGUGUUGUAACUCGGCCCCCCUCUCAAAGAGCCUGUGCUGAUUCUUGUGCCGGAGUAUUUCAUAACUUGGUUGGGAGACUUUUUCAACUGUUUUGUGUGUUGGGAAGCUUUUUUUUUCCGGAGCCUGUGGAAAAAUGGAUGCGGGUAUAGAGAAGGAAUGCAGCGCCUUGGGAGGGCUCUUCCAGCUCAUCAUGAACGACAUGAAGGCCAGUUAUCCUGCAUGGGAGGAUUUUGUAACCAAAGCAGCCAAACUACAAUCACAGCUCAGGACGACCAUCUUGGUGACCGGAGCCUUCCUGGACGCCUUCCAGAAGGUGGCUGACAUGGCCACUGGGACCAGAGGAGCAACCAAGGAGAUCGGCUCAGCGCUGACCAGGAUGUGUAUGAGGCACCGCAGCAUUGAGUCCAAACUCAAACUGUUCACCACAGCGCUGUCAGACAAUCUCAUCACUCCGCUGGAGCUGAAGAUGGAGGAGUGGAAGAAAGUAGCGAGCCAGCUGGACAAAGACCACGCUAAAGAGUAUAAGAAGGCGAGAGCAGACAUCAAGAAGAAAUCUUCAGACACCAUCAAACUACAGAAGAAAGUGAAGAAAGGGAAGGACGAGGCGCGCGGCCAGCUGGACAGCGCGCUGCAGGACGUCAAUGUGCGUUACGUCGUCCUGGAGGAGACAGAGAAGAGAGCGGUGUGCCGAGCGCUGGUCGAAGAACGAGGACGCUACUGCAGCUUUGUCAGCAUGCUCAAACCUGUCCUGGACCAUGAGAUCAGCAUGCUGGGUGAGGUGACCCACCUGCAGACCAUUCUAGAAGACCUGACCAACCUGACAGCUGACCCCACAAAACUCCCACCAGCUAGUGAACAGGUGAUUUUGGACCUGAAGGGUUCUGAUUUCAGCUACACCUACCAGACACCUCCAGCUUCUCCCAGUAACACUCUGUCCAGGAAGAGCAGCAUCAGCAGUAACUACCAGUCUGGAUCAGUGAGACAUGUUCCCUCCCUGGACUCCAUCAGCUGUGCUGUGGAUGGAAUACACAUCCAGGAUGCAGUCGGCUCCACCAAUCAGCUGGCUCCUUGGUCCGGUCCCGGGGGCGGCGGCGGGGCAGAGAACGGCUCAUUGGCCCCCCCACACAACGCAUACACACACCAUGGAGAGAGAGCCCGUGCCAUGUCGGCAUCAGGGAAGUCUUGUUCGGCCAGGGAUCAGUUGGCCUUGACUUUGGGUGCGUUGAAUUCGGACGCCCCGAGGAGCAGCCGGGACUCUCUGCACUGUUCCAGUGGCUACAGCACUCAGACCACGACCCCGUCCUGCUCUGAGGACACCAUACACACACACACUGUAAAGCGAGAGCCUCCACUCUAUGUCGACUAUGAGUCCAUCUCUCUCCAUGGCGGCGAUGCUGACUCCAUCUCCCUGCACCACCUUUCCCAUCUCCACGGCAACAGCCAGUCGGACUUUGACAAGUCGUCGACCAUCCCGAGGAACUCUGACCUGAGCUUCCAGUGCAGGAAGCUGCUGCAGUCCAAACGGCCCGCCUCCACCGUCAGCCUGCUGGCCGAGCCCGAGCUCAGCGCCGGCUCCCUGCACCAGUCGCAGUCCCACACCGCCACCAUCAGGCGCAAGCCGUCCUCCAAACCGGCCUAUCGGAGGGGGACGAUCAGCGGGGGGGUUCCCAUCCCCAUUUGCACCCCACAGGUUCCCCUGAAGGCACUGGGAGGCCCCGGCGGCAGCGAGGAGAACGUCUUUGUGCCUCCUGCAGGAGGAGCUCCAGCAACAGGAGGGUUAGGUUACAGUAAACUCUGUACCUCCACGCAGAGCCUCAGCGCCUUGCCGCCCUCCUCCUCCUCCACCUCCCCCUACUACCAGCUGGUCCCGGGGCAGAUGCCCAUCCCAGUGCCUGUGCCCACUGUGCCCACUCUGCCAGCAGAGGGCAGUGUCGCUAAACUGCACCAACCACAGAGACCCUUCCAGCAACAGCAACUUCACCAACAGCAGCAACUUCACCAACAGUUGAAUCACCACCAACAGCAAAUCCAGCAUCACCAGUCCACCCAACAGCUUCAGCAGCACUACCAGCAGCCGCUCCAGCAGCAGCAGCAGCUUCAGGUCCAGCAGCAGCAGCAGCAGCUUCAGGUCCAGCAGCAGCAGCAGCUUCAGGUCCAGCAGCAGCAGCUUCAGGUCCAGCAGCAGCAGCGGUCCUUACCCCAGUCGUUGCCUCAGCAGCAGCAUUACCAGCAACUGAAUCAGCAGCAGCAACUGUUUAAUCAUCAUCAGCACCAGCAGCAGCUCCAGGCGCAGCAGCAGAGCUCCGCUGCCCAGCCACAGGCCUCUGACCCCCUGCCCGGUGCUCAGCAGCCCCAGGCUCCUCUGACGUCCCGGGACCAGGAGCCGAGCCCAGCAGAAGCAUCCGGAGGAGGAGGAGGAGCAGACAUGCGGAUGCUCCUCAGAGGAGUGAAGCUCCGAAGGACCGUUACCAACGAUCGCUCCGCCCCCAUGUUGCCCCCUCCAACCAAUCAUAAAUGAGGAAUCAGAGAUUUUGGCGGUCGUUUUGCUUCCCUGCUGUCGAAGCAUCAGCACCGAUGUUGGCCACAUGGACAGAUCCAGAGGCAUGUGAAAAGUGAAACACACACACACGUGUGUAAUUGUUCACGCACAUUCACAAAGACUAAAACAGGCUGCAUCUGCAUCCGUCUGACGCUGGAACUCAAAGUGUGUUUUCUGUUAUUUUCCAAAGUUCUGCUUCCUUUUAGGCUGUUUUCUGUUUUUCUAUUUUUUUUCUUUUGCCUUUGUGGGUUCUUGUUUGCAUUUUGAUUGUUGAUAAAGUUUUUUGUUUGACUUUGAGUCUUACCCAAUCAGAAUGUCCCGUAGCACUGUGUCAACUUGUUGAUUGGUGGUUUGAGUAGACAGCUGAUCAUGAUGUGGCCUGUUAAAUAGCUCGACGUGGACCAAUGAGCAUCCUAGAUCCUCUCUGGCGCUGCGGCCAGUCUGAGGGGCGUUGAUCUGGACUUUUCAUUUAUCAGUGAGUCCAGCAGCGCCGCAGUAUUACAUGGCUGAGUCGUGCUCGUGGAAGUAAACUCUAUAGUGCUUAAAGAAUUAGUCAAUUAAUCUGUCAACAGAAAAUUAAUUGAUUAUAAUUUUGAUAAUCGUUAAAUUGUCUUAGUGAUUGAUCCAAUAAAAACACCAACCAUCGUCUGAUUCCAGCUUCACUAAGAUGCUAAGAUUGUCUUCCCUUUCUCUGUUCAUAUCAUUCUAAAAUUAAUACUUUAGUUUUUUUUGGCUGCUGGUCAGACUAAGGAAGACAAUUGAUCGCUGUGGACUCUGAUCACUUCCCAUCAGGCUUUGUCUUUAUUUUUCACACGUUAUGCACUAAAUGAGUGGUCGAUUAAAUUAAAAAACUCGAUAGAUCAAUCAGCAAUAAAGACAAUGAUUAGCUGCAGCUCUAGUGAUCUGCCCCGUGUGGCUGUGCAGCGCUCAGUGAGAUCGCCCUGGAACAGCAGGGCUCGGGUUCGAUACGAUUCACUGAUCGGAGUAGAAAACCCUGGGAGGUGAGGUGUCUCAGCCACACCCUCCCAGGCGGGACAGGGAUUCGAACCGGCGACGCGUCACAAGCCGGCUAGCCGCUGUGGAAAAGGAUUUCAGAUGUUGUUGGUGUCUGUUUUUUACAGUGUAAAUAUCUAGUUAGUUACAUGAGGAAUGUCAGGAAGAGGACGGAGGGGUGUUUGUCUGUGUGUGUGUGUGUGUGUGUGUGUGUGUGUGUGUGUGGGCAGCUUUCAGAGGCGACGGCGUCCUGACGCUGCAGGAGACGGGGAUCAGCAGUUGGGACCAAAUAAAGGUUGAUGACAUAGCGGGCUAUGAGCAACAAACUCCUGAUCUGAUGUUGGUCUCAGCGGCUUCUGUUAUGGAACUAAAUUAAACUAAACAGGUGUUUUUACUUUGGAUCACAGCAUCAGUGUGAAGAUGUGAAGUUUGUGUCUGUCUGUGCUCCUCAUCGCCCCUUUAACCAGACAGAUCACACAUGUUCUGCCAGUUUAGACGAAAGUUUUAGUUUUUUUUGACACCCGUUGAAGUCGCCGCUGCUCCAACAUGGCGGCGUGUGUGUCGUGAAACUCCUCAGACGAGCAGCAGCAGAACGCCUCCUGGGUUUUAAAGGUCCCGCAUCCCGCAGGAUUUCAAAUUUUACUCUCUUAUUUUUACUUUUUCUUAAAAUGAUAUGUUGAACCUUCAGACUGGCGAUGCAGGAUCAGGCUGCGUUUUUAAAAACAUUUAUAUCCAGUGAAACUGAAACUAAAACUGUCAGCGCUCUGAAGGCGGGGAGGCGGAGUCUGCCGGGUUUUCACAUCGGCCAUCGUGUCAAUCAAAAUUACGAUAUUGAUCACUGAACAAAUUUGGCUCUGAUAAUCGUCUUGGACCGAUCAAUUUUUUUGUAUUUCUGCAGAUUAUGGUGGACUGGAUCUACAAAACUCACGAAGAAGAAUCUGGACAACGUGAUGCCUUUAAAGGGUCAAAGGUCAUGACUCCGCUGCUGUGUUUCCUCUGAACGCUGCCUGCACGCUGUGUGUGUGUGUGUGUGUGUGUGUGUGUGUGUGAGUGACACCUGUACACACCAGGUGCAUGCUGGGAGAUGCAGCUCAGUUGAUUCAAGUGUUUAUAGAGAAGAAAACGAGGCCUUUGCUUCUAUCAGUCUUAGAGUUUAUUUUGAUUGAUUGAUUGAUUGAUUGAUUGGCUCCAUCAAUCAAUCAACUGAUCAGCCCACCGCUGUCCUGUGUGCGUGUGUGUGUGUGUGUGUAUUAGUGCUACUAUUUCCUGGGAGAGAUCUAUAUAUAUAUGUAUGUAUAUCUAUAUAUAUCUCAGCUGUAUUUUUGUUGAUUAUUGAUUAUUGAUCAGACGAUGUAAACAGAUCCUCGGUCAUCAUAUUUUUGUACAGAAGAUAAAAGUUUGGGACUGAUGCGGGAUCAGCUGAGGAGGCGAGCGGAGGACAGACGGACAGACGACGACCACGUCACCGAACAGAAUGUAGAAACCUUUCUUCUUCACCUUUAACGUUCAUUUUGGGAUCAAUAAUAAGAAUUGAUGAUUGA